GUUCACUCCUGCUUCCACUCUCUCUGAAAAGUAAUGGAAAAAAUAUCCUCUGGUGAGGAUUUAAAACAAAAGUUACUCUCACAGAAGCUAUUUAUGUAGGCAGCAUGUACUUAUUGAGCACCUAUUAACUGCUGGGCCCUGGGAUAUAAAGAUGAACAGAAAACUGUCAUCCCUCUGGAAUCUUAUUGUCUAGGAGGGAAGACAACAGAAGAGUAGGCAAUUAAAAUAGAAUGUGAUGAGUGUCCAAACAGGGAAAUGCGUGGAGUACCUCAGCGGAGCCUGUAACUAACUCAGCCUUUGGGAAAUUGCAUGUGUGUUCUGAAGGAUUAAACCAGGACUGGCCAGAGGAGGGGGUACCAAGAGGGAAGACAUCCACGGCUGUGGACAGAGGGAGCAGUCUGAUCUUAGGCUUGGUGGCACUAGAGGAACCUGGGGUGCUCAGAGCUGUGGGGGCGGUCCUCCAAUUAUUCACUUCCUUUCUUUUGAAUGCAUCUCAUCUCAUCGAGUGUAAUAUUCUAAGGGCAGAACUAUGUCUCUUACUGUUAUACCCUCCACAACUUCAAGGAAAAUGAUAGAUUUUUCGUAAGAGUUUAAUAAGUAAAUACUAGCCAUUAAAGCUAGAAUCAAAUCGAUUUGACAGUGAAAAUGGAUUUAAUCAAGAUGAGAAAACUGAGGUUAAAUGACUUGCUCAAGGUAACAAAGUAAGUCCAGAUUCUGGGCUUGAGCAAACAUUAUCUCCUGACUCCUCAAGCAUUUAUGUAUCUUGUCAUUCACUGGUAUGGGGCAUUUCAUACUGAGUUUAUUAAAGGAGAGAGUAUUGAGUUUUUAUGUAGCUGGUCUCUAAAAGCCUAUGUGGGUGACUUUUGGAGUGUGGAGAAGGGGUGUUAGACCACAUUAGCCCACUACAAUCCUGACUUGACAAAUUAGUUGAUUCAAUUUCAUUGUAGACUAUGUAGUGGUAUAAUGUGUAAAUGCUACUGCUGGGACUUUUGUGUAGAGAUGUAUGAGUAUUGUGUCAUUUUUUUCUUCCAUUUCUUACUAAAGCUCCAAAGACUCAUAAACCAUGAUUAUUAUUCUGUUUAGUGUAAUUGGGAGCACUGAACUGAGUGGUGGAAGUGUGGUUGGGUGACUAGUCCUUGGGCUCAAGUUUAGAUGGGAUAAGUGAGGGGGGAGAUUAAAGGGAAAGUGACUUUUUUAAAAAUGGGAAUUUGCUCUUUUUUGUAUGUCAUAGAAACAUUAUUUUACAAAUUGCUGAAUACUUGUCAAUUUAUCAAAAUAUGUAGACUUUCUGAGGGAAGUUUGAGGUCUGUUUGCAUUGUAAAGAGAUUUUGGUUCUGGAAAUAGGUAUAGCCUAUAAGCACCAGUAAUGAAAUGAAAAGACUGCUACUUUAUGACAUUUGUUUGGUGGAAGACCCCUACCUAUUUUGAGGUAUUUCCAAAACUUAGCCAGAGGAGAAGUUAUUUAGUUCAAUUUGGAGGGGUAAGGUAAUUUAAUAUUUUGUCCCUCUUACUAUUUGGAUUCAGUAUUGGGAUGUUGGAUUACAACGAAGAAGAAUCUAUCCCAUUAGAAGGGUGAUAUCCUAGUAUUUUACUUCUGAGGUGAGCAGACUUUGCUUAUUUCAAUUUGUUAACUAGGCCUUUUGAUAUUUUUGUAGACAAUCUGCUUCAUCUUGAUUCUGCAGCAUUCCAAAGUGUGGUAUCCUUGGGGUUCUCUUAACAUUGCUAUGGUGCAGAAGAUUUAAAAUCAGCUGAUGUUCACAAGGAAUAGAGUCACGUGAUGUAUGAAGGGAAACAUAUACACUUCUCUGAGGUUGACAAUAAGCCCUUGUGCUCAUAUAGCCCCAAACUGUGCAAGCAGCGGCGACUCAACGGCUACGCUUUCUGUAUCAGACACGUUCUGGAGGACAAGACUGCCCCCUUCAAGCAAUGUGAAUAUGUGGCCAAGUAUAACAGCCAACGCUGCACCAACCCCAUCCCCAAAUCAGAGGAUCGUAGGUACUGCAACAGCCACUUGCAGGUACUUGGCUUUAUCCCGAAAAAAGAGAGGAAGAAAAAGAAUGACCCUAUAGAUGAGGUAAAGGUCAGGCACCAGAUGGAUACGAUGGCCUUUAGCCUGACGGUGCCUACGUUGGCCUUGAAGAUGCCCAAUGGACUGGAUGGAAUGUCCCUCUCUCCACCUGGGGCAAGGGUCCCUCUCCACUACCUGGAAACUGAGUUGGAAGACCCAUUUGCUUUCAACGAGGAGGAUGAUGACCUAAAGAAAGGGGCAACUGUGAGAAAGAAGUUGCAGAGCAAGUUGGCCCAGAAUCGGCAGCGCCAGAGAGAGACAGAGAUUUUAAAAGUUCGACAAGAGCACUUUAGUCCCCCUCCUGCACCUUCCCAGCAGCAGCCUCCGCAGCAGCACUCCAGCCUGUCACCUUUAUCCACUUCUGUAAAGCCUCCAGCGCCACCGCAGGGUUUAGUCUGCAAGUCACCUCAACCUCAGAACACCAGCCUACCAAUGCAGGGAGUGGCCGCCACCACACACACUAUAGCACAAGCGAGGCAGCUGUCUCACAAGAGGCCUCUGCCCCUCCUGCCAUCCAGUAGGGCUCCUGCCGUGGACCCACCCAGGACUGACCGGGUCCUUAUGAAAGCCACAGCCUUCUCUCCACACUUCUCUUGUAUAAGUCGACUGCAGAGACUGGUGAAACUGUGCACCCAAAAACAUCAGUUGGACACUGAUUUGUUUCCCCAUUUAGGGUUGGACUGGUCUGAAGAGAGCGGAGAGGAACUGGAGGACUCAGAGCAGGCCUCGCCAUACCAGGUUGCAUGGUCCAUCCGAGAAACCCUCAGAUAUGAAAGACACAUGUCAGAUGACGAUGAUACGGAGAGUAGGAGCUCCAGGGUGACCCAACUUUGCACUUACUUUCAGCAGAAAUAUAAGCACCUCUGCCGCCUGGAGCGGGCAGAAUCCCGUCAAAAGAAAUGCCGGCACACGUUUAGGAAAGCCUUGCUGCAGGCGGCCAGUAGGGAACCAGAGUGCACUGGUCAGUUACUCCAAGAACUGCAGAGAGCUGCUUGCCAUCGAACCAGCAUAAGCCGGACCAAGUUGAGGGAGGUGGAACCAGCAGCAUGCAGUGGGACGGUGAAGGGUGAACAGUGCACUAACAAAGCCCUUCCAUUCACCAGACAUUGUUUCCAACAUAUCCUCUUGAACCGCUCUCAGCAGCUCUUCUCAAGUUGCACGGCCAAGUUUGCAGAUGGACAGCAGUGUUCUGUGCCUGUUUUUGACAUUACACACCAGACACCUCUGUGUGAAGAACAUGCCAAAAAAAUGGAUAAUUUCUUGAGAGGAGAUAGCUCCCGUAAAGUUCAGCACCAGCAGCAGAGGAAACCCAGGAAAAAAACCAAGCCUCCUGCACUUACCAAAAAACACAAGAAGAAGCGAAGGCGUGGACCUCGUCGACCCCAAAAACCCAUUCCACCUGCAGUACCCCAAGGGAACCUCAGCAUGCCCACCAGCGUCUCACUGCCAGUGGAGGCCUCUCAGAUCCGGAGCCCAUCCACGCCAGAGCUGAGUGCUGAUGAGUUGCCGGAUGACAUUGCCAAUGAGAUCACUGACAUUCCGCACGACUUGGAAUUGAACCAGGAGGACUUUUCAGACGUCCUGCCACGGCUGCCUGAUGACUUACAGGAUUUUGAUUUUUUUGAAGGAAAGAAUGGAGACCUCCUCCCAACUACCGAAGAGGCCGAGGAACUUGAACGGGCCUUGCAGGCUGUAACUUCUCUCGAGUGCCUGAGUACCAUUGGAGUACUUACACAGUCAGAUGGUGUGCCAGUCCAAGAGUUGUCAGAUAGAGGAAUAGGGGUGUUCUCCACAGGUACUGGAGCUUCAGGAAUUCAGUCCUUGAGCCGAGAAGUAAACACGGACCUCGGGGAGCUGUUGAACGGGCGCAUGGUCCAUGAUAAUUUUUCUAGUCUAGAGCUGGAUGAGAACCUGCUCCGUUCUGCUACCUUGUCUAACCCACCUACACCCCUGGCAGGGCAGAUCCAGGGGCAGUUCUCUGCCCCAGCCAGCGUUGGCCUUACUUCUGCCACUCUGAUCAGCCAGAGUGCACUUGGGGAGAGAGCCUUCCCAGGACAGUUUCAUGGACUUCAUGAUGGCAGCCAUGCCUCCCAGAGGCCACAUCCUGCCCAGCUGCUGAGCAAGGCAGAUGACCUAAUCACCUCACGACAGCAAUACAGCAGUGAUCAUUCACACUCCUCGCCCCAUGGAAGCCAUUAUGAUAGUGAGCACGUGCCGUCUCCCUAUAGUGACCAUAUCACCUCUCCCCACACAACAUCUUUCUCGGGUGAUAAUAUGGCAGCUACCUUUUCAGCAGAGAUGCCCAUCAUGGCACAGCACUUGCUCCCAACCCAACUUGAGGUGCCACUUGGAGGAGUUGUAAACCCCAGAACUCACUGGGGCAAUCUCCCUGUCAACCUUGGAGAUCACUCUCCAUUUAGCAACCUUCUCGACGCAGAUGGACAUCUUCUUUCCACUUCCCUGUCCACGCCACCCACCACUUCGAACUCAGAGACCACACAGCCUGCCUUCGCCACCGUGACCCCCAGCAGCUCCAGCGUGCUUCCGGGGUUGCCGCAGACCAGCUUCAGUGGCAUGGGGCCUUCCGCUGAACUAAUGGCCUCCACCUCUCCCAAGCAGCAACUCCCUCAGUUCAGCGCAGCCUUCGGCCACCAGCUGAGUUCUCACAGUGGCAUUCCUAAGGACCUGCAGCCCAGCCACAGCUCUAUAGCCCCUCCUACAGGCUUCACAGUAACAGGUGCCACAGCUACAAGUACCAAUAAUGCAUCUUCUCCUUUUACCUCCCCUAACUGAGCGUGUCUGUGUGUUGCAGGCAGGUGGGGAACCUAGUGUUUUCUAUCUUUGUUUCCUCUUUAUCACCCUUCCCCCUUUUCCUAAAGAAGAUUUUAAAAAUAACAGAUGGGGACUUGAAGGGAACUCUCUUUUCCAGUUAAACAAGUUACCCUGCAGUGGACCUUGCUUCAGUGUUCACAUGUGCUCCUUUGCACUGGUGCUCAUUCCCUCCUGGCAGGUUCACUCCCCCAAUGGUUUCCCUAGUGGCUCAGCACAGUGACUGGAUAGAAUUGACUCUUAGCAGCAAGUCCUAGAAGUGGAAGAUACCUCAGAUUACCAGUGCCCUUUACUAUUUCCUAGUAUUCAAAUCAAUGCUUUCCAUUUUAUUACCAGGUCUUUACAUAGGUGGUUCUAGAUAGAAUGAUCCCAUUCAUUGAGUCCCUGUGUGUAAGACGGAGCAAAUGGUGUGCGGAGGCCGAUCAAGGCUCUGACUUAGCACCAACUGCUAAAUACCAGUGAGGCCAGGAUUCCAUUCCUAAUCGUGAUCAUGUUUAAUUAAAAAGAAAAAAAUUAGUCUUUCGACUGCUUGUGUGUAUGUGUGCGCCCACGCGUGUGUUUUUGUGCAGGGCAGGAAGCAGCUGUCCCUAUGUUGUUCUUUUUCCCCCUAAUGAGUAUGUAAGGCUCUUAUGUCUUUCCCACACUUCACAACCCUUAUAACGCUGGUCAUUUCCCACUGAGUUAACUAAGUUUACUGACUAGAGAGGGUGGUGGUCGGUCACAUGAAUAGCACAACCCUUUUCUGCUAAGUUAGCCUGAAACACAAAGCUGGAUUCAUGUCAGUGCUGUGGGUAUGUCCUGAAAAGCUUGCCUGGAAUGACUGCAGGGUUGUUGAGAUCCUGAGGUUUGCUGGUAAUAUCGCCUUUUAGAUGUGCAUUUGUUCCUGAAUCCCUCUGUCAUGGAAUACAUUCACGAGGUGUAAUUAAAGGAAAUGUUUCAAUGUGGAAAGCGGGAUAGGUCUGAUAGAUUUGGAAAGAUGGCAUCUGUGAACUUCUUGGUCUGUCUUUUGCUUUUGAAUUUUUCAUGUUUACAGUAGUGCUUCUUUGGUAAGAUUUGUAAAAUGUUGAAGACACUUGUAGAAUCAGUGUACCAGUUGUGAAGUGGUAUGUAAUAUCUGAAGGAUACACAUUUUAGUUUCUUUCAAAGCAGAUUAUGGAAAUGAGACAUAAAUUUUACCCAAUCAUUGGUACUUUUAAAAUAAUUUAAGUGCUUAGGUUUUAGUUUUGGGAAAUUGUCCUAAGUACCAGGAUUUUAGGCUUAAAAAUCAUAUUGGGUAGUUUAGUAAAUUGGUGACUAAGAAAUGAAUAUGUGAGUUUUCUUUUUACCUGCCUUCUCCCUUGCCCUCUCCCCUCCCCCAGAAGGGUGGAACUAGAUUUUAAAGGCAUCUGUCCUCUGCUUUUGCUGAGACAACGUUUUAUUGUCCCUUGAGGUACCAUUGGCUAUUUAUACCUGAGUGUAGUCUAAUUUAACAUAUAUAUAUUUUAAAAGAUGAGUAGAGAGAACCUAUCUAUUAAUGAUGUGAUAUAAUGCUUCAUUUGUCAGGGAAUAUUUGAUCUUAAUUUCUUUUCAAUAGGUAAAGAUUUUGAUGUAUUUUCCUACUUCCUAUAUGUAUUCUCUUUAUGCCAUGCUACUUGUAACCAGUCCCUUCUUUUGAAAGCUUUUCUUUCUCUGCUUUUUAAAGGAAUAAUGGUGAUCAGCAGGCAUUAUGCAUAUACCAUGUGACUGAGAUUACGGAGGGGAAGUCACAUGACAGUAAGAAAUCAUUAUAUGCCCUAUUUUGUAUUUAUUGAAAGUUUCUUUUUUUGGGCCAAAAAUAUGUUUGUAAUAUAUUUAGUUGUUUUUUUUAAAUCAUGAUAAUUGAUUGGGAGAUUUAUUUUUAAUAGCUUUGCCUUUUUUGCAGAUUGAGAAAUUUCUAAAUUAUAAAUUAUGUCACAAAGCAAAAUUAUAUUUGGUAUCACCAUAAAUUUCUAUUCUGAAUGGUGAGAACAGAUCACUUGAAUAUUUCUCACCUGUGAACCUAUGUUAGUAAGCUUUUUUAUUUUAAUGUACUGUAACAAAAUGAUUAUGAGUAGUUAUACCUGCUCAAAAGUGUCAUUUAGUUUCCUAAACUCUUUUCACACCCCAUUACAAUAACUGCCCAUUCCCAGGGAUUUGGUUUAGUCUCCACUGUGUACUGACUGAAGGUCAUAUGGAGCAGCACAUCGACGUUCCUGUCAGCCCUUUGACAGCAGAGGGAAGUCACGGGCAGUCGAUUUGAACGUUUCUGGCCAUUUAUCCCUCGUGGUAGCUGCUUAAAAUUCUUCAGUUAUCAAAACUGAGUUUGCAGUAAGUUGCACAUUUUAUUGUUUGCAAUUUUCUGUUUUAUGUGCAUUUAAAAGCCCUUUUCUGCUUUCUAGUAAGGAGGCAGGAAAUGAUCAGGAAUGUUGCCAGUUACAGCUUCACACCAAAAACUUGGAGAAAAUUCAUUUUUGUGUAGAUGCCCACAAUGAUAGCUGAAGAAAGGGCACCCGUAGAAAGUACCCAGUGUAGGCGUGAGGAAUUAGCAAAAAGCUAAACAAAACAAAUUUUUCCUCUUAUUUCAUCUACUUCAAAACAAAUAUCUGAGCUUGCAGUUUGCUUUGCUCUUGCUAUUUCUUGAGUCCCCUUUUGGAAGAUGGAAGAACAUCUGUGAACCCAGAGGUAUCCAUUACGUUUUUCUUGUAGCUAAUGGAGAAUUCUAGUCUAUUAGUAGCAGGUUUGCUAUUAAUAUGUAAAGAAAGGAAUGACGUAUCUUUUACUCCAGAAAUAUGAAAAUCAGUGUCUUGUAAUAUAGCAUUUAUGCUAUAAUACGGCAAUACUGGAAUCAGAAACAAAUUUUACAUACGGUCCUAAUUAGAUGGAAGCUAGCUUUUAUUCUAGUGUUAAACUCAUGAGAAGUAGUGGCAAAGAAGGUUCAGUCUGUUUCUGUAGUUCUUUGGGACCAUUUAUAAAGGCCAGUUAGAUUGUGUUAAUGCGAUUUUAUUUACAAAGAUGCUGCAGUUAAUGGAUACGUUCUGUGUUCUGAAAAUCUGAAUCCCAUACUAAUGUAUAUUCAUUGGCUGUGAUCUAUAGCAUCCGAAGAAAGUGAUGUGUUUUCUCUCAUUUACUCUCUCUACAUAAUUGUGAAUAUUAUUUUAAUUAAAGUACUUAAGACAUUGUUUUUUCCUCUGUUAAAAAUGGCUUGGCAAUUUGCACAUCUGGGUAAGUUAUGUAGCUAAUAAACAAUUUACAAUAGUUAAUAGCAAUUACACUUGACCCAUCAAGUGACAGACUAUGCAAUGAAGAAAUUUCCUAAUUCUCGUCACAUGGCUUAUACAGUGGAGGAUUAUUUUCUCUAGGAACCUACCGUGUGAGAUCCGACUGCUUUAUAAAUGACGUCCUGGGCAAUUUCACGCUGGCAGGCAGCGUGUCGUGUUUAGUGCUCCUCCAUGAAAAGACUGCAAUUUAAUGAGAAGCAAGUAGUAGGUAUGGAAGUAAAAUUGGAACUUUUUUUUCCUUAAAAUUGUAGUUAUGUCUUGAGUGGCUUCAGGCUAAAGAAAGCUAAUCCUUUAUCUUUGCCAAAUAAUUAUUUAUAAGAAUUAUUUCUUAAAUAAGCCCAAUCUUUCAACUGCAAGUUAGGAAUCCUCCUCUGUGACUAACACUAACGUGUUUCCUUAUUGUUCUCAAUCCGUGAUCACAACCCAGAGAAGCAAAGACAGUUCUUUGAUUUGGAAAGAAACGACGUCUGUGACACACACAGGUACCCUGUCGGUGCAGUUCUUUUCCUAUGUGAAAUAAUUUUUGUUUUUGUUGACCUGUACCAUUCAGUUUUGGUCACUGGCGCUAGAAUUUGCUCAUGUGGGAAGUCCCGUGCUGUCUGUCGCCGACACUUGGCUGCAGUCCCUCCCGAGCGCUUGCGUGGGGUGGUGAUGGUGGCGGGCCGGCUGCACCAGCAGGGUCCGUGCGAGGCAGUCUCCUUUCUCCAGGCUAGUUCAGAAGGCGGUGUGGGUUGGUGGUGUACAAAGAUGAGGCUGUUGAUAACACUAAACUAACUAUUUAAUAGGUUUGAAAUUCAUUAAAGAUUUUUUAAGUGUCUAGUUUGCAUUUUCUUCAUCGUCUUUCCUUUUAGCCUUCUUUCAACAUUCCAUGAAAUUCUACUUUUAACCUGGAAUGUAUAGAAUAAUGUUUAAUGGUCUUCUAAAUGGUCAACAGAACUUCCUAGUUUACUGAGGCAGUUUAAAGAACUGGAAAGAAAAUGCAGUCCUCCCAGACAGUCUUCAUUUGUAUCUUUAAUCACCAACACCUACAUCGCGCCAAGGAUUUUUUCCUGACAAGAAAUAUAUUUCUUGGGGGGUAUAGGAUGGGAAUAUAUAUGAUAGAAUAUAGAUUUUUUUUCCUUCUCUCAAUACAUUGAAAAUAAUUGAAUCUUCCCUGGCAUUUUACGGAAAGGUAAAACAAUUUAACGACUUCUUAAUAUCUUGAACUUCAUAAAAAGUUCCAAUAUAUUCUGGAGGGAGCCAAAAUCUGUGUUUAGUAGAUUAACAUUUUAAGUGCUAUCAUUCAAAAGAUUUGUAAUAAAAUAUCAGUGAAGAACAUAUUCAUUUCCCCCUGACCAGUGAAUUACGAAAGAACAGAAAACAUAAAUGAAUAAUUAUUUCUCCCCGAAUAACCAGUAUCAUUAAUGCUAAAAUUGUGGGUCAAAUUUAGAGAGCCUUACUUCCAAAUAGCAAAAAUCCUUUUUUCACUCCAGCUCUUACUGUUUGUUAGCUUUCCUCUCUGCACUGUGAUACAGAGCUAAUCAAAGGAAUUGUGGCAUCAGAGAGCAAAUGUGGUAUGACUUUCUUUACCCUUGGUUCCUGGAUCUUGGGAAUGUUUGGUUCCUUUCAGUGGCAGAGUUUUUGGUGAUCUAAACUUUAGUCUGCUAAAUAAUCUUGUAAGAGAAAACCUGUCUAACUCUUUCUUAGUAAGCUCUGUAGGGCAGCACAGCUUUCCUUCCUUUUCUCCUUCUGCCUGCUUGCUCAGCCCACCCCAGUCCUGAAGUGUGUUUGUACACACACACUCUCUCUCUCUCUCUCUCUCUCUCUCUCUCUCUCUUUCUCUCUCUCUUUCUCUCUCUCUCUCUCAUCCUGGCCUAACAGAAUCCUCUUCUUGUUCUGGUUCUGUUUUGUUUUUGUUUAUUUUUUAAAGCUGGGGACCACUGAAGUAAGCUCUGUAUGCACCCAAAGCUCCCCUUGGAAAAUUUUUCAGCGUGCAGUGCGGAAGGCUCCAGUGCAGCUAAAUGCCACACCAUUGCUUUUACUUGGGGAAUAGAGUGAUUGGCCCUGAAAUGACUCCACCUCGUUAAGGUCCAGUGGGCUCCAGCGGAUCAGUGUGGAAGUGAUGGACGUUGUCUUCAUCUGCUUGGAAGGGUUGAAUCAGUUCCUCUCAACAGUGAUAGUUCUUUUCACUGUAUAGUGUUGAGUAUGUCUCAGGGAUUCCUUGCGGAAAUUAGGGCAGAUUUUAAAAUAAAAAAAUAGUUUUCAAAAAACUAAAGGUGACUCAUCAUUGAAGAGAGCGCAAGAAAGAGAAAACAUUUGGUUUCAUAGCCCACAGUGUCUUGCAUAGGACUUUUUUCCUUUCUCCUUCAGCCUCUCAUCUCAGCUUCAGCAUACAGAAUCCUUUCCCGUCAUGCACAGCUUUAAAACUUUUAUUUAAAAAUCUCCUUCCCCGAUGAGCUUUCAGAAUACUUAUUGUAGAUUUUAAGAGAAAAGGUAUAUUAAUUUAUGCUAUUAACAUCACCUCAUAAAUUAUAAGUUUUAUACUAAAGCUGUAUUGAGUGUAAUGAGUUAUGUUGCCUAUGUGUUUAAUAGCUAAAAAAAUUAUAUAUGAGCUUUUUUUUUUUUUGUUUGACAAAACAAACUAGUGAAGCACCUUUUUACACUGGAUCUCUGCCGUGUCAAGGUGUAUAGCUAUCCUUUGCUACCUUGCAGAUAUAUAAAAUAAAAGGAUAUCCUGGGGCCUCAAAAUGUAGAACACCUUUAGACCAUUUAUUACUGCUCAUAGGACUGUUGAGAAUUACAUUUCUUUAGUAAAUGAUCUGUGGUUUACACUUAAGAUGGGUAGAAGCUUAGUUACAGGGUAAAUAGAAAUACAUAGAUCAAGUAAAAUUCCCAACUACUGUAGCUGGACUUUGUAAA